UUGCUUGCUCAUGAUCGGUGCUGUGCCAGUAUUUGUAUUAGAAGGGAAAGCACCCUCAAUGAAAUCAAAUACCAUGAGCAAAAGAAAUGAGAUUCAAUUCCGAGGUGCCAAGCCAAGAAAUAUAGAAACUAAUAAAGAGAAAAGCCAGAAGAAGACUGGAAACAGGUCUAGGUUUAAUGCAGUGCAAAAGCAAUGUGAAAAACUACUUAACGCAUUAGGUCUCAAAUGCGUUUCUGGUCCUGGUGAAGCAGAAGCAUUUUGUGCCUAUUUAAAUGAGUUGAAGUACGUAGAUGGAAUAAUUAGUCAAGACUCUGAUUGUUUUGGCUACGGAGCAACACGUGUGUAUAGAAAUUUCUGUAUAUCUCAACAAAAUACACAAGGUGGAUCAGUUGAUGUUUAUGAUUUGAAAAAAAUUCAGGAAGUAAAAAAAAUUGGACGUAAUCACAUAAUUUGCCUAGCACUGCUUUGCGGUUGUGAUUACUGCCCUGAAGGAGUCGGAGGUGUUGGCAGAGAUGCAGCAUUGAAAUUAAUCGAAGUUUAUGAUGAUGAUAAAAUAUUGGACAGUAAACUCUUAUGAUAUUUUUAAUUCUGAAGCAAAAGUAAUGACAUUGGGCAUUCUCAAUAAUAAUGGACCAAAAAUACCAG